GCAGCAAGGGGCCACUCCCAAAUAACUGCCCACUGGCCUGAAGGCAAUUGGGACGUGUGUUUAACAAGUGAAGUGGGAGAGAGAGAGCGAGAGAAAGUCACCAGUGUUGUGGAGGUCUUUCAUUCAUUGACCCACAGUCGUCAACAGGUGUCACAAGAAGGAUUCCUAUCAUCAAGGGUUGCUUGCUCUGUCUGCUGGGCUUAAGGCUGACGAUUUUGAGCCUCAUCAUUGGGUUUCCAGUUUACAGCGCCCUUGCUGACUUCGAGCUUUGAAAAAGGAAAGAAAGCCAUGACCACUAGAAUUUUAUGGAGGGCCCUGCUGGCUCUCCUCUGCACGAUAUACUUCAGCUGCAGCAGCAACGUGGACUCUUUAGCCCCUGAACAAGACGUUACCUUCAGCCAUGUCUAUAACAUCGACAUUCCAGGGGGAUCCAGUUGUAAACUGCCAAACCAAGAUGAAACAGGUCUGCAGAUGGAGAGAACAAAGAUUGGGGAGAAUGACAUCAUCUUCAGACACAAUAUCAGGCUGCAGUCACCAAAAUGUGGCUGUGAGGAAUCUGAGAGCUUCAAGUCUCUCUUGUACAGAGUGAACGGCUUGGAGGAGGAAGUCAACUACUUGAAAACCCAAUGUUCUCAGGGAUGCUGUGGCACUGCAGGUGUGGACACAAGCUGCAGUGGUCAUGGGGCCUACCAACAUGACACAUGCAGCUGCUUCUGCUAUCCAGGGUGGGAAGGCCCAGACUGCUCAGUGUCCUCCUGUCCGGAUGAGUGCAAUGACAAUGGCCGCUGCGUGGAUAGCAAGUGUGUCUGCCAUCAGGGCUACACAGGCGACGACUGCGGCGAGCUGAUGUGCCCUGACAACUGCAAUGACAAGGGCCACUGUGUUGAUGGAAAAUGCGUGUGCUUCCCACACUUCACCGGCGAGGACUGCAGUAUCCAGAAGUGUCCUAAUGACUGCAACACUAAUGGCCGCUGUGUGGACGGCCAGUGCGUCUGUGACAAGGGCUUUUACGGCGAGGACUGCUCGUUGGUCCGCGGUCCUCAAGGUCUAAGGUUGGUGCAGGUAACAGAUGUCUCCCUCCUUGUGGACUGGGCUUCUGUUCCUGGUGCCGAGUAUUAUGUUUUAACCUAUCAUCCUAAAGGUCAAGGGACUGCCUUGAAGAAGGUUCAAGUUCCCAACACAGAAAGCUCCUACCUCAUCAGAGGCCUGACAUCUGGACUUACUUACAUUGUACAAAUCCACGCUGUCAUCAGAGGCAUCCAAAGUGGAUCAGAUGGCAUUGAAGCUACCACAGGGGUCUCAACAGUCAAUGACAUCCGAGUUCUUGACCAGACAGAAGUCUCCAUCCAGGUGGACUGGAGCAAUCCACGAUCUGAGGUGGAUUACUUCAGGCUGACACACACCGACCCAUCGGGACAGCAGGAGGAGAUGAGCGUACCGAGGAGCCAAGAGGCGCGAACAAAACACACCAUAGUGGGUCUGUAUCCAGGAACAGAAUACCUGAUUGCAGUGCAGGCCAUUAAAGGUACCUCUGAGGGCAACCCUUCGUCUGUCACAGGUUCUACAGAUAUUGACGCCCCAACAAACCUGGUCACCACUCAAGUAACAGAAGACACAGCUACAGUUUCCUGGGACAGGGUCCAAGCCCAAAUCGAUGGCUACAUGUUGACCUACACAUCGGAUGCAGGCUCCAGCGUCGAAAUCCCAGUUGGUCGUGACAUGACCUCAUACAGGCUAGUUGGCUUGAAGCCUGGUGUAGUCUACACCGUCUACAUCUGGGCUUUGAAGAGAGACAAGGUCAGCAGGAAGAGUUCCACAGAAGCUGAGACAGAACUGGAUGCUCCAGCUAACCUCUUAGCCCGAGACCAAACCGAGACCAGCUUCAAGGUGUCCUGGGAACAGGUCCUGGCAGAUAUCGACGGCUAUGUGCUCACCUACAGCUCCUCUGAGGGCGCUAGUGGGGAGAUACGUGUCGGGCCUGAGGUCGAUUCUCACAGUCUGACUGGUUUGAGGCCCGGUGUCGUCUACACGGUCUAUGUGUGGGCUGUCAAAGAGGACAGAAGAAGCAGGAAGAUCACAGGACAAGUGGAGACAGAUAUCGACGCUCCCAGGGACCUUCAGGCUUUGGAUGUGACCAUGGAUUCAGCCACGUUGACCUGGAUUCCUCCACUGGCUGACAUUGAAGGCUACAUCCUCACCUAUAGGGAUGAGGAGGGCAAUAUGGAGACCGUUGAGAAGCAGCUUGGCUCCAGAGAGAGCACCUUUGCUGUGUCCAGUCUCCAGAUGGGCAAGAGAUACAUUGUCAGCAUCAUCGCCUACAGAGGCAACAAAAGGAGCAAAGUGGUGGAAAGCAUCUUCAAAACAGUUGGCAUCCUGUACCCCUUCCCUAUGGACUGUCUUCAGAUCAUGAAGAAUGGCAACAAGAAGAGCGGCAUCUACACAGUGUAUAUCAACAAUGAGGGCUCCAAACCAAUGGAAGCCUACUGUGACAUGGAUGCUGAUGGAGGCGGAUGGCUGGUGCUGCAGCGUCGUAACAGCGGCAAACUGGACUUUAUGAAACGCUGGAAACAUUACACGGCUGGUUUUGGCAACAUGACGGAUGAGUUUUGGAUUGGACUGGAUAAGAUCUACGAGCUGACCAACACUCCCACCCAGUACGAGCUGAGGUUCGACUUGGGCCGAGGCUCUGAGAGAGCCUACGCCGUCUACGACAGCUUCAAGGUCGCCCCCGCCAGGCAGAAAUUCAAACUCACCAUUGGCAACUAUAGAGGGACAGCAGGUGAUGCCAUGACCUACCACCAGGGUCGUCCCUGGACAACUAUUGACUCAGAUAAUGACAUCGCCCUGGGGAACUGUGCCCUCACGCAUCGUGGAGCAUGGUGGUACAAAAACUGUCACCUGGCCAACCUCAAUGGCAAAUGGGGGGACAAUAGGCACAGUUUGGGUAUUAACUGGGAACCGUGGACGGGCCACCUGGCAUCCCUGGACUUCACUGAAAUGAAGAUCCGACCUGUAGGAGCAUUCUCCAGCAGGAAGAGGCGGUCGUUGAUGAUGGCCAGAGAGAAGAGCCAAAAGAAAGACCAGGAGAAAUAGAACAUUCAGUAUGACGCAUCAGAAUUUAGUAGGAUUUGGUCCAAAAAGUAACUAUUGGGAAAGUGUUGGUUUACUUAAAAGAGUUCAAACAUAAACAUAAUGUACAUAAUACAGUGUUGAU